CGGUCGGGGAAAGAAGCCGAGGCGGAGGAGGAGGGGGCGCGCAACCGAUCCGAGUGGUGGAGAAGCGGCGCAGCGAUUGGAGGAGGAGGCUGAGUGGGUGCCGCCUCCCCUGUCAGGCCAUUGGCUGGCGCCGCCAGUGGCCGGCGAGAGGGUCCCAAACAUUGUGGGCAGCAGCGAGGAAUUUACAGAUUAACAAUGGCUGCUGAAUCUCCCCGCCGUCCAAGCCGAUGUACUGGAGGAGUGGUUGUUCGACCACAAGCUGUAACGGAACAGUCAUACAUGGAAAGUGUUGUUACAUUUCUGCAAGAUGUGGUACCUCAGGCCUACAGUGGCACAACUCCAACAGAAGAAAAAGAGAAAAUUGUAUGGGUCAGAUUUGAAAAUUCUGAUUUGAACGAUACAUCAAGGAACGUGGACUUGCAUGAGAUGCACAGUACCGGCAAUGAACCUCCUUUGUUGCUAAUGAUUGGCUAUAGCGAUGGGAUACAGAUAUGGAGCAUACCUAUAAGCGGGGAGGCUCAGGAACUCUACUCCAUCCGACACGGCCCCGUUCGUGCUGCCCGAGUCCUCCCAUCGCCACAGAUCAGUCCUCAGAAGUGCGACAACUUUGCUGAGAAGAGACCUCUCCUUGCGGUGUGCAAAAGCAUUGGAUCUUCUGGCACCAGCCCUCCUUACUGUUGUGUAGACUUGCAUUCGUUGCGGACCGGAGAAAUGGUCAAAUCUGUGCAGUUCAAGACACCUAUUUAUGACCUCCACUGCAACAAAAGGAUUCUUGUUGUCGUCUUGCAAGAGAAAAUAGCUGCCUUUGACAGCUGUACCUUCACCAAGAAGUUCUUUGUCACAAGUUGCUAUCCUUGCCCAGGGCCAAACAUGAACCCCAUCGCCCUAGGAAGCCGGUGGCUAGCAUAUGCUGAAAACAAGCUGAUCCGGUGCCAUCAAUCCCGCGGCGGAGCCUGUGGAGACAAUAUUCAGUCCUACACGGCCACAGUCAUCAGUGCAGCCAAAACCAUAAAAACUGGACUCACCAUGGUUGGAAAAGUCGUGACACAGCUGACGGGCACUCUGCCAUCAGGAGCAACCGAGGAAGAGAUACUGGCGCACAGCAACACCCGGCGCAGUCCUUUAAUACCCGGAAUCAUCACCGUUAUCGAUACAGAAACAGUCGGAGAGGGACAGGUGCUCUUGAGCGAGGACUCGGAUAGCGAUGGCAUUGUGGCUCACUUCCCAGCACAUGAGAAGCCGAUCUGCUGUAUGUCUUUCAACCCUAGUGGCAUGCUUCUCGUCACAGCCGAUACUCUGGGCCACGACUUCCACGUCUUCCAAAUCCUCACCCACCCGUGGUCAUCCUCGCAGAGUGCCGUCCAUCACUUGUACACGUUGCACCGCGGAGAGACCGAAGCCAAAGUUCAGGACAUCUCCUUCAGCCACGACUGUCGCUGGGUGGUGGUCAGCACCCUCCGAGGCACGUCCCACGUCUUCCCCAUCAACCCCUACGGCGGGCAGCCCUGCGUCCGGACGCACAUGUCUCCCCGGGUUGUGAACCGCAUGAGCCGCUUCCAGAAGAGCGCGGGGCUGGAGGAGAUCGAGCAGGAGCUGACCACCAAGCAAGGCGGACGCUGUAGCCCCGUCCCUGGCCUCUCCAGCAGUCCCUCUGGAUCACCUCUUCAUGGAAAGCUGAACAGUCAGGACACGUACAACAACUUCACCAACAACAAUCCCGGGAACCCUCGCCUGUCCCCGCUCCCCAGCCUGACCGUGGUGGUCCCGCUCGCCCAGAUCAAGCAGCCCAUGACGUUGGGAACCAUCACCAAGCGCACCGGCAAAAGCAAACCAGCUCCACAAAUUUCGCCCAGCAAAUCGGUGGGAGGAGAAUUCUGUGUCGCCGCCGUCUUUGGCUCAUCCAGGUCUUGGUUCGCAAGCAAUCCGGGCCUUAAAAGAGAGAAAGAUCAGUCCCGGCAGUUUGUGGUGGAGUCCUUGUACAUUGUGAGUUGCUACGGGACUUUGGUGGAGCACGUCCUGGAGCCCCGGCCCCUCAGCACCGCCCCAAAGAUCAGCGACGACACCCCGCUGGAGAUGGCCACCUGCCCCAGGGCCAGCUGGACACUAGUCAGGACUCCCCAGUGGAAUGAACUGCAGCCGCCCUUUAACUUGAACCACCCGCUCCUCCUGGCCGCAGACGCCAUGCAGUGUUACCAGUACCUCCUCCUUGGCCUGGCUCCACUUGGAAGUCCAGGACCCAUCACUCGUCACGAAUCCUAUGACAGCUUGGCCUCUGACCACAGUGGGCAGGAAGAUGAAGAAUGGCUUUCUCAGGUUGAAAUUGUGACCCAUACGGGGCCUCACCGGCGCCUGUGGAUGGGCCCGCAGUUCCAGUUCAAAACCAUUCACCCCUCGGGCCAAACUACGGUCAUCUCCUCCAGUUCUUCGGUUCUGCAGUCCCACGGCCCAAACGACACCCCACAGCCGCUCUUGGACUUCGACACGGAUGACCUGGAUCUGAACAGUCUCAGGAUCCAGCCGGUGCGUUCUGAACCUGUGAGCAUGCCGGGGUCCUCGCGCCCAACGUCCGACCGCCGAGGGAUUUCGACCGCGGGCGAUGCUACCUCAGGUGCCUUCGACCGGAGCGUGACCCUCCUGGAAGUCUGCGGGAGCUGGCCCGAAAGCUUUGGCCUCCGGCACUUGUCCUCCAUGGAGCAAACCGACGAGGGCCUUCGGGAGCGGCUGGCCGACGCCAUGUCCGAGUCGCCGGGUCGGGACAUAGUGGGAUCUGGCACAGAGCUUCAGCGCGAGGGAAGCAUCGAGACUCUCAGCAACAGCUCGGGAUCCACCAGCGGAAGCAUUCCCCGGACCUUCGACAGCUACCGGUCCCCCCUUCCAACCAAUGAGAGCCAACCGCUGAGCCUCUUCCCGACCGGCUUCCCUUGACCACGUUCUAGGAAGGGAAACAUAUCGGUAGGCCGACUUCCCGACGAUGCCGCUCCGUGCGAAACCUCAAUGUGCAUUUAUCUCCCAGUGGUUGGACCCUCUUCCGAGGGGCUCUGGUUACCUUAACAAACCUUGUUGAUGCCUCCGCUUGCGACCCUUCUGGACCUGUACGAACAAAAAUACCGAUUUCGCUCUACCGUGCAAUAUGGGGAUACUUCCCUCCUUUAAUCCGAAUGGCUUUCUAGCAUUUCCCUCCCGGUUUUUCCCUCUGCCUGCCUUGAAUACAAGGAAACGGUGGUUUCAAAUAAGUAUUUUUAAGCACCCUUUGGUUUCUCUAAACUGUAACCUACAUCCCAGUCCCGAUGGUACGCAGAGAUCAGGCCACUAAAUCUGAAUUGAUUGUUAUUUUUUCAUGGGGAGAAGUAAUGUGCUGGCUGUGUUUCGGAACCUGCAUCGCUAGUUGGCCGGGCCUGUCAGCAUGUCACUUUUGCAAAUAUAGGAAUUGUUCACUGACAGAUAAGUGGGACAGAAGGAGUCCCAAUGAGGAUUGUUUCGGACGCUGUGAACUUUGCUUAGUUCUCCACCUUCCUUGCUGUCCUCUGACAUCAAAUGGAUGCCAAGAGUAUUAUAAGAAAGGACCCCGCUCUCCCCUUUUCCACCUUUGUCCUUGGGAAAGAUCAUCUUGGGUGGUGAUUCCAUGUAUUUGAGAAAUGUACGGAGUUCGAUUAACCCUUCCUGCUGGGCUACCGUGUCAAUUCUUUGGGGUUCCUGUUCCGCAAAAGCGCAUGUGAUCUUAAUAAAUCUCUGUGGUGAUUUCGUUUCGAGAAAGCA